AUGUGUGCACGACUUCUAGCAUGUCCUUUAUGCUCACAACCAGGUUUUUUAACAUUGGAUGCAUUGCGAACAGGAUUAAUAAGUGUAGCAACACGACCUCUUACAUGUCCUGUGUGUAAUGAAAUAUUGCUUGGUAUUGAUAAACUUACAAUUCAUUUAUUCAGUCAUACUAUUAAUUUGAACAGUAAUAAUGCAACAGAAAUAUCAAAACAUAUAAAUGUUACUAGUGAUAAUAAUCCAUCAGCAGUACAUACUGUACAAAAUACUACUUUUCAAGAUUGGAAUAUGUCUAAAGUGCAAAUUACAGAGUCACACAAACUUCCACAAAAUAACUUAAAUAUUCAGAAUAGUUUAAAACCUUCUCAAAGCAUGCAAAGUGCUAAAAAUGAAGCUUCAGUAUUGAAUUCAGAGAUUGCUAUUCAAGAUCAAAAUGCACUGAGUCAUGCAUCUCAAGUGGCAUUUCUGCAAGAUUCAAUUUGUGGAAACAAAGAGAUAGAUACAAUUCAUAGGAACAAAGAAAUAGAAUCAGAGAAAGACUCUCGACAAAUAAUACAAGAUACAAUAAAAUUAAAUUAUGCUACACAGUAUUAUGCUAAUGAAAAUGUUAAACAUAUAAACUUUAUGCAAAAUUAUCCUGAAACAGAAUGUGAAAAUGUACAAACAUUUAAAACCUGGGUGCAAGGACAACAUUGUGAACAACAAAAUAUCAAUACAGUAGAUAAAACAGAAAUAACUACAGAAAAUGAAAAAUCUUGUAAUAAUGAUCAAAAUUAUAAUGAACAAGUGGCAACAAUGAAUAAACUUUUAAACAUUACAACUGCUUGUACUAACAUAUCAUUAGAAAGAGCUAAUGAUAAAAAUACACAAGAGAAUUCAUCUACUACAUGUAAUGAAAGUCAAAAUGAAAGUCUUAAACAUGAAGAGAUAUUGCCACAAUUAAAACUUAUAAAAACAUUAUCAUCAACAAAUGAAAAGACUGAACGUUGCAAUAUAUGUGGUUUUCAUUUUCCUGAUCAUAAUAUUUUACUUUUACAUAAACAAUUAAUACAUAUGAUUAAUGAAAAGAACUUAAAUGUUGUACCUGAAAACUUUCUUAAAAAUUAUUCAUGUCAUCUGUGUUCUAAAGUAUUUAAAAUGAGAGGUAGCUUAAUGGUGCAUAUGAGAGUAGCACAUAUGGGAUAUAAUUUAGGAUCAUUAGCCAAAGGUGGACAAAUAGAACUUAUAUUCAAUGAAAAUAAGUAUAAUUGUCCCACAUGUGGAAAAAAAUUUAAGAAGGAACAACAUGUAGUACAGCAUUUAAAAACACAUGAAGCUAAACAGUGGGAAUGUGAUGUAUGCAAUAAAAUGUUUACAACUAAAUAUUUUUUAAAAAAACAUAAAAGAUUACAUUCAGGAGAAAUGCCUUACAAAUGCAAUAUAUGCAAUAAAACAUUCACUUUCCAACAGUCAUACCAUAAACAUAGAUUAUACCAUAAAGAUGAUAAGCCACAUACAUGUACAACUUGUGGUAGAUCAUUCAAAGAACUAUCUACUUUGCACAAUCAUGAACGAAUUCACACAGGAGAAAAACCUUUUGCAUGUGAAACUUGUGGAAAAUGUUUUCGUCAACGUGUUUCAUACUUAGUUCAUCGCAGAAUUCACACAGGUGUCAUGCCUUACAAAUGUACAAUAUGUGGAAAAAGUUUUCGGUAUAAGGUAAGUCAAAGAACUCAUAAGUGUCCAGUACAACAAAUAGGAAAUUCACAACAAAUAAAUGCUGUGGAUUACCAAUCAGUACAACUACAAAAUACACAAAGUGUGAAUAAUGAUUUGUGUAAAACACAAAAAGAUUUUUUAAAAGAUAAUCAAUCAAUGUUAAAUAUCAUAAAUAAUGAAGAAAACAAAUAUGUUCUGAUAAUAAAUACUCAAGGUCAGCAUCUUUUAACAAAAGAGUCUAGCACAGAAAAAACAUUAACAAUUUCAAAUAAAGAACAAAAAACAGAAGAUUGUACAGAAAUAAACAAUGAAAAUGAAGAAAUAAGGAAUAUAUGGAAAUCUAAUAUUCCUAAUAGUUCUAUAUUUAAGAAAUCCCUAGAAACUUAUAAAGCAGUAUACUCAAAAAAUGAUAAACCAUUUCAAGAAGAUACAAAUGAUUUCUUUUCAAUGGUAAUGUCUCCAUUUGAAAAUGGAUUAUCUUCACCUACAGUUGAAAUGCAACACUUACGAGUAUCAUCUCCAACACAGAAAGAAGAUAUAUUGAAGUCUUAUGACACAUUUAGAAAUGGAUCACAUGAUAUUGAAAUGAAUGUAAUUCAUACAAACAUAGAACAAAAUUUUAAUAGUGUAGAUAAUAAUACAAACAAUUUACAAACUAUUAAUGAGGAAUCUUUGAAACAACUAUUGUAUAGUAUUAAUGACAAAUAA